GGCACCGUGACGUUUAUGGGGAAAACGAAACUUGCUUGUCAUGGAAGUACAGCUGGUAUGAAAACGGAAAAGAUGGAUCUUUUAGUAUGAGAUUAGCACUUUCCUCACUAAUUUUUUAAAUGCCGUUUAAGUUAUUUUUACCGACUGCUGAGUUUGAGUUUUCACGAUGGAGUCGGUAGACUACGUAGCUAAACUGAACGAGUUAUACCAAAGGAAACGAUGGGAGCUGAGAUACGAAUACGUCGGAUGUGCAGGACCUGACCACAUAAAAACAUUUACCUUCAAAGCUGUCCUGAACGGUAAGGCCUAUCCUGGUGGUGUGGGCAAGAACAAGAAGGAAGCCAAACAGAACGCAGCAAAAAAUGCCUUGAGAGGCUUAUCGGAAGAAAAAGCUGAAUCUACAGAAAAUGCAGCUGAAGCUUCUACCACACCAGUUCGUCAGACAAGCUUAAGUAGUUCCAACUAUGUAGGUUGGCUCAAUGAAUAUGGUCACAAGAACAAGCUGAGCGUAAGGUUUGUGGAGUCAUCUAAGCCUGGACCACUUUUUACAACUCAAUAUUGUAGGUUUGUGGUGGGUGAUAAGGAGUAUCCAGCUGCCUCUGCAAAAACAAAGAGGGAAGCUAAGGAGGAAGCAGCCAAGCUUGUUUAUCAUGAGAUAUAUGGCAGUAGAACUACAGAGACUGGAGAGGAGAAGGAUAGUGACACAUCAAGUCAACAAAAACAGGAUUUGAACAAAAACGUGUCAGACAUCUGUGAUCUCACAAAAAACUUGACUGUGAGGAGUGAAGACAGAAUUUUUACUGGGACAAAUUUCACAGCAAUUGUUCACAACCACUGUCAGAAAACAAACCGCACCUGUACGUUUAUGGCAGUCGGGAGAUGUGGCCCACCUCAUAAUCCCAAAUUUCUCUACAAAGCAGUGAUCAACAACAAGGAAUACCCUGUUGGUGAGGGUAAGAGUGUCAAGGAGGCCAGACAAAAUGCAGCCCAGCUGGCCUGGGAUGCUCUUCAGGAACAGUCAGACUGGGGAAGUUUCUGGUCGACUGCAUCUGAUGAUGGUGCGUCAUCCAAACCGUCCACACCAUCAAGCUCACCGGACUCUGGUCAUCCAAAAUCAGUAAGCACAACAACCCCGAGUGAAUCCGUUGUUUUCACCAGUUCACCAAAACCUCCUAAGGAUCAGUAUGCAAGCCCGGAUGUAAAGCCCAAAAUAAGAAUUGCAGCAAUUUUCCCCAAAGCUGACGGAAGCAGCAAAGAGGAUGUAAUGCCCGAUUUCAAGUGCAAAACUACAGGAAGUAGUCAGAGUGAGAAAACACCAAGUCAGUCAGUAAUCUCAAGCAGGUUUACAUCAGAUUUUGAAUCCAUAGAGCGGCUCGGUAGGGGAACUUUUGGUCGUGUUUUCAAGGCAAAACACAAACUUUCUGACAAGUGUUAUGCUAUAAAGAUUGUUCACUUCAAAGAAAAAGCUCUCCGAGAGGUGAAGGCAUUGUCCGACCUCAACCACUCUAACAUCGUUCAGUACUACACGUGUUGGAAGGAUUAUUUAGAAUUCCAGUGGGACAGUAGCACUGACAGUAGCACAGCUUCACAUUCUAGAUCCUCCAGUGAUUCAUCUGCCAAGUAUCUCUAUAUCCAGAUGGAGUUAUGUGAUACCAGAACACUGAGAGUGUGGAUAGAUGAGAAGAAUGCUCAGAAUGUUAAGAAAUCUCUGCAAGACUCCAAAAGAAGAGAAGAAAGUCUGGCCAUCGCUCAGCAACUAGUCAGCGGAGUCGAGUACUUUCAUUCCAAGAAGCUCAUCCACAGAGACCUGAAGCCUGCCAACAUCAUGUUUGGGUGUGAUGGAGAAGUGAAGAUUGGAGACUUUGGUCUGGUCACUGCAGAGAAUGAUGAGGAUGCUGAGAACCUGAUGGAGAGAACUGUGAACAAAGGAACCCCGUCUUACAUGGCUCCUGAGCAGAAAAGCAGAAGCACAUAUGACCGGAAGGUGGACAUAUUUGCUUUGGGGCUGAUAUAUUUUGAACUCCUUUGGAACCUCUCUACUGGCCAUGAAAGAGUAGUGAUUUGGGAUGGUGUCCGAAACCAAAAACUUCCUGAAGGAUUUUGUCACCAUUUUCACCAAGAGAGCCAAAUUAUAAAGUCAAUGCUGUGUGUGAAACCAGAAGACCGACCAGAGGCAAGUAAGCUAAAGACCGACUUGGAAGAGGGCAAACGGUCGCUCGUGAUGCCUACAGAUACAGGCCGUGACAGACACACUGUCUGAUUACUGCAAAGAAACACAUGAACACUUAUCAAAGUCUUCACAAGCAUGAUUGUUUAUUCAGCGUAUCAUUCUAUAAUGCUGUGGAGGUUUUAAAUAAUAAGGGGAGUGCCUUUUAAUAACUGAUAUGACAUGAUUUAACAUCAUACUCAUGUAGUAUGUGGAACGGUACUUGAUGAAUAAAGACACAUGACUUCAUGACAUCUUUUAUAAUCAGUGAAUGCAACAUGAAUUACAUUGUUCCAUUUUUGCAAAGAAUCAUGUUUUGUUUUUGUUUUUUUUAGUUUUAUCACCUGGGAUAAAAAAAAAAAAGUUUUGUUUGCUGUAAUGGUUAAAUGGGUUUAAACUUACACUGACGUUAUAGUACAUUACUCAUGAUGCUUUUUGUUUUUAUAAUGAAAGGCUGAAGUGAAAAAUAAAACAACUAAGGUGCAAUGGUCA